GGCGUGUGACAACUUUAAUAGCUUUUGUUUGUGUGGAUAAUAUUACAUGAUUUCGCAAUCUGUUCUGUUUUGAUUAUGAUAAUAUGUAUUCAAAAACUACUAUUAUCGUCAUGUGUAAAAUCUAACAUCGUAUCAUGUCUAACUGCAAUACUAAAAGUCGAAGAAUUGAUAAAUUUAUGCAAAUUAUCUUUCUUUCUCUUUGAAAGCCUGUCUUUAAGUGUCUUACAGCUAUUACAGAGUAAUUUUGCUUUAUUUUAAAAUGGCUUCUUUUGAGAAAUUGAGAGGUGGUUUAAACAAGAGCAGUGAUCCAGUGAAGAAGUUACCUUUGAAGCGUUUCGAGCCAGCUAUUUACAGAUUCACAAAGAUUGCGUUACCCACCGACUUAGAUAGACUUGAAAGGCACAAAUACAACAUUGAGAAAUAUGUAAAAUGGAAGAAUUGGGCAAAGCUUGAUGUAGAAAGAAUUAAUGCAGAGAGAACAAUCAAACUACUUAAAGCAAAUAUUCAAGAAAUGGACAAUAUACGAGAGCAAGUGAUUGAAAAUGAUGUGGAAGAUUUUGACACGAAGAUAAAGGAUGUGAAAGAGAAGGCACUGAAAGAAAUAAGUAUUUUGCAAACCUUAAUAAGUAAAUCUCUUGAAAACAGAGAAGAACCAUGUGAGAAAUUGGGUAAGAAGCCAAGCCUUUCGCCAACCACCUCAAAAACAUCAGUAGACAUUCCAUUGCUGGCAGAUAGUGGCAAGGCUGAGCAUGGCCUUCCCAUGAGAGAUAAGGAUUCUAGGCCAAGUUCAUCAAAUACAAAAGCAAAUCUGCAGAGAUUUGAUGUCUCCUUGCGUACAUUUACAAACAUUACCAUCCCCACAGCCUUGGAAAGACUACGGAAGCACAGAAUAAAUAUGGAAAAAUAUUGUGAAGAACACCUUUGGCAAGAAUUGAAUGCAGAGCAAAUCAAUGCAAGGAUCAGUGUGCAGCAUUUGAAAGAGAACAUGAAAGGCAUGGAGGCAACCAGAAGACAAGUUCCUUUGCAGAGUCUUUCUGAGUUUGAUGAACGUGUCGGCCCAUCUUACACAAAAGCUAUUGCAGCCAUUGAGUCAUUUAUGAAAUUUCAAUCCAAUUAUAAAAGAGAUGAUCUUGAUAUGACUGUUUCCGAAGCUAUUGUCAUUCACCAGGAAGGAAAGGAGCACAGCAAACUUAUGAACCAAGUGCAAAUUAAUCCUGAUGAAACAUCUGUUAAAUCUUGGGAUGACUUACAUAAAGGUUUGGUUGAAUUGAAUGAGCUUAUUCAUGACUUUUCUCAUAUGAUUCAUGAGCAAGAGUCUACUGUUGAUACAAUUGAAGCAAAUAUUGAAAAUGCCCAAGCCAAUGUUCAUGAAGCAACACAGGAGCUUGGUCAUGCUGCAAAACUUAAAACAGUCCUUCUUCCUGCAGUUGGUGCUGUGGUAGGUGGUGUUAUUGGGGGACCUGUUGGUCUUUUAGCUGGCUUCAAAGCUGGAACUGUAUUUGCAGUAGGUGGUGGUGUGUUGGGAUACACAGCCACAAGUAUUAUAAAAAAUAUACAGGAAGAGGCAGUCAAUAGUGAACUUGAGAAGUUGUCGGAUAAUCCUAAAGAUGAGCACAAGGUUGAUGGAUAGGAUCAUCUGUUAUGCAUCUACCAUUACAUUCUACUUUGUUAUGCCAAGAGAUAAAUAUAAUUUGCGUUUUUAGAUUUAAUAUAAAUUGUAAAUAGCUUAAAUUAGUAAUAGAAAGCUACCGAAAUUUUUUUCAUUGCAUAAAAA